ACACCCGCCAGGGGCUCAUGUAUCUUUCCAACCGAAGCUGAUGCAUGGAUACAUUCGUUCCAGAAGGCUUGCAAUGCAUCGAGUCCUAGUCUAGAAUAAUCGAAUGUCCGUGGACAUGUCCAGAGUUGCUUAUCGAUAACAGCCAGCUAGGGUGACGACGUCAACGCGGUACUGCCACCACCUUUCCUAACCUCCAACUUGGGCGCCUACAACCGUACCUGGUAGAGCAUGGCAUAGCAGCUACCCACCACGCUGGCAACGCAAAGACAACCUCAAUUGCUAUAUAUUAUGAGGCCCAGUACGCCGCCAUAUCGACACAAUGAGCCACCAGAGAUAUCCAUCCCAUGACGCUAUCAAAGAACCCCACUCCAUCUCUCUCAAACAACAAACCCUCGCGCCUCCUCUCUCCAAAUCAACGACUCUCGAACCCUCGCCCGCCAGUCUUGCGUACCAGACCAAGGGCAGCACGAACCCGUCCCCUUUCCUCCUGUCGCCCAUCCUCAACCUCCCCUUCUCCUUCGGCUCAGCCUACACAGGAGAGACAUUCUCCUGCACGCUGUGCGCGAACAAUGACCUCCCUUCCUCGUCACGCGCCAUCCGCGACGUCAAGAUCGAGGCCGAGAUGAAGACGCCGAGCGUAGGGCGCGCACAGAAACUAGAGCUCAAGACACAACAUGGCGAGGGCCCGCGUGACCUGGAGCCGGGCGAGACGGUGCAGGGCGUCGUGGGGUUCGAUCUUAAGGAGGAAGGGAACCACGUGCUCGCCGUGACGGUCAGUUACUACGAGGUCUCGGAGACGAGCGGUCGGACGAGGACGUUUCGAAAGCUAUACCAGUUCAUAUGCAAGUCGUCGCUCAUCGUGCGGACCAAGAUGAGCCCGCUGCCCGCGCUGCCGAGCGGCCGGCGGAGAUGGGUCGUGGAGGCGCAGCUGGAGAACUGCAGCGAGGACGUGAUGCAGCUGGAAACGGUGGGCAUGAGCGUGGAGGACGGGCUGCGGUGGAAAGGGUGCAACUGGGAAGUCGCCGGGGCAAAGGGUCCCGUCGUCAAGCCAGGCGAGGUGGAGCAGGUAUGCUUCGUGGUCGAGACGGUCGACGAGGGCGGCGUGAUGAAGGCGUUGCCGGACGGGAGGCUCGUCUUUGGCGUGCUGGAGAUUAGUUGGCGAGGCGAGAUGGGCAACAGGGGCUAUCUCAGUACGGGGAAGCUAGGGACAAAGGUUCGGACGUAG